AUGGGUUCCUUACCACAGCUCAGUCUUCCUGUUAUUGACUUGUCUGUCAAAAAUAUAAAGUCCGCAAGUUCUUGGGUCACAACAUGCGGUGAAGUGGUGCGUGCCCUUGAAGAAUAUGGGUGUUUCAUAGCCAUUUAUGAUGGAGUGUCUCAGGAUCUCGAUGAGGCAAUUUUUCAUGCAUCACAAGAAUUGUUUGAUCUUCCCACUGAAGUGAAGAUUUUAAACACACCAGAUACACCAAUGCAUGGUUAUGUUGGGCAAUCACCCCUCGUUCCUCUUUAUGAAAGCUUGGGCAUUGAGAAUGCAACCACAAAAGAAGGAGCAGAAAGAUUCACAAAAACCAUGUGGCCCGCCGGGAAUGAAAGAUUCUGUGGAAGUGUGUUGAUGUACUCAAAGGCUGUAUCUGAAUUAGACAAGGUAGUUAUGAAAAUGGUUGCUAAAAGUUAUGGAAUAGAGGAACACUAUGAAUCUUUGCUUGGGUCAACAACUUAUCUUCUUAAAUUUAUGAAAUACUCGAGUCCUAAAGAAGAUAAUACAAAUGUAGGACUAAUUCCACACACGGAUAAAUCUCUCAUUUCCAUUCUUCAUCAACAUGAAAUAAAGGGUCUGGAGAUCCAGACCAAGGGUGGGGAAUGGAUUGAAAUUGAUCCUUUACCUUCAUCCUUCAUUGUCAUGGCAGGCGACGCUUGCAUGGCAUGGACAAAUGGAAGAAUUGAACCAUCAUGUCACAGGGUAAUGAUGCAAGGGGACAAGGACAGAUAUUCCCUCGGGCUAUUUACUUUUAUCCGGGAUCUCAAAAUACAAACACCUCAAGAACUCAUUGAUGAAAAUCAUCCUCUACAGUAUGAUGCUUUUGAUCACUACAAGUACCUUCAUUACUAUGCCUCUAGUGAAGGGUUGAGAUCAAAGUUCCCCCUAAAAUCCUACUGUGGACUUUAAGUUGAAGCAACCUAUGAGCGAACGUCUAUUGUAUACAUAUGUUUGGUGUGUAUUGUUACAGUGUUAAGUGCUACCACAUCUUCAAU